AUGACGGAUUUCGUCGCCCUUGCUACAUCAUAUAUCCAACGGCUCUCGCAGCCGCGGGAGAACCGCCUCGUGGCCGUCACGGCUACCGCUCUCGCGUAUCUAGCUGCAGUGCACCUGCUUAGGUACCGCCGACGGAAUCAGAUCGUCCGUAAGUAUGGGCGGUGCGGCCGCCGGACUCUGGCAUCUAUGACGGUCGAAGAAGCCUCGGAGAUCCGCAAACAACUUGCCAACUUUGAAUUCCCCCAUGCUUUUACUACAUCCCUUUUCUUUGCGCUCUUCAAGACUUACGCCAUCCCGUCCAUCUCCAAACUCCUCCUCGCAACAGGCCAACUCGCCAGCAACGAAACCGCCUGCAAACGAGCCGCCGACACCGCCGCCCUCCUAACCGAAAUGACCAACAACGCCCCUCGAUCCGACCGCGCCGUCUGCAGCGUCGCCCGCAUGAACUACCUGCACGGCCGAUACCGCAAAGCUGGCAGGAUCUCCAACGACGACAUGCUCUACACCCUCAGCCUGUUCGCCCUCGAGCCGUCCCGCUGGAUCAAGAGGUUCGAGUGGCGCGAGUUCUCCGAGGUUGAGUUGUGCGCCGAGGGUGUGUUUUGGAGGGAUGCUGGGGAGGCUAUGGAGAUUUCUUAUGAGGUUUUGGAGCAGUAUUUGGAUGGGGAUGAUGGGUUGGCUUGGUUGAGGGCUAUUGAGAUUUGGAGCGAUAAUUAUGCGAGGGUGAAUGCUGUUCCGGACGAGACGAACGAGAAGGUUGCGAAGGGGACUCUUGAUAUUCUGCUUUUCGGUGUUCCUGGAUUCGCGAAAGGAGCGGCUGCUCAGGCUAUAAGCUCUAUUAUCGAUUGGAGAACACGCGAGGCGAUGCUGCUUUCCCCGCCAACUUCUUCUCAACAAGCCAUGUUGAACGGCUUCAUGGCCCUUAGGAGCUUCGUCAUCAAGCACCUCUUUCUCCCUCGUCCUGCGUGGCUAGAAUUCAAGCGCGUAGGUGACGAUCCAGACCCCACGACCGGAAAGUACAACAUGCUUCUGUACUUUUCGCAACCGUGGUACAUCAAGCCUACCUUCGCCAAUAGGUGGGGAAUCGGUCCCCUCUUUACUAGGCUUUGCGGUGGCCUUGUUCCUGGAGCAGCCCAGUUCCGGCCUGAGGGAUAUACAAUCGAGGACGUUGGACCGGUCAAUCUGGAAGGGAAGGGACGUCCGGAGAUGGAGCUGGAGGCGAAGAAGCUUCAGGCCCGUCCUGUAGUUUGGGGCGGCUGUCCAGUGCCUGGUCAGUAG